GAAGUGUUGCUCGUCUUGGCUGUAGGGAUGUCAGACAUAGCCAAAGACAAAGCAGCUCGUCUCCUGAAGAAGAGGGGAAGUAUUUCAUCAUUGGGAAGCCAUGAUGUGAAACCAAGAGGCAGCUUCAGCAAAACCAAAGACUCUGUGAGUACAGUGUCUUACAUAGACGAACCAGGCCACCAUGAUGACAUUCAGCGCCCUGCAAUCCUGGUGGAAAACACUUAUCAGAUGGGGCCUACAAAACGUUUUCCAGUAGCGUCUGUAAAUAAUAUUUUAAAGGAUGUUUUGACAAGUUAUCUUCAGGAGGAGAAAUAUGAAGCAGAGCUGUGUAGGCAAAUGACAAAGACCAUCUCUGAGGUAAUUAAAGCACGAGUAAAAGAUCUGAUGAUCCCCAGGUAUAAGAUUAUUGUGCUGAUUUACAUUGGCCAGCUGAAUGACCAAGGCAUGCGUGUUGGAAGCAGAUGCAUCUGGGACCCAGCAAAUGACACUUUUUCUUCCUACUCUUUCAAGAAUAGCUCUCUGUUUGCACUUGCAAAUGUCUACGGGGUAUACUAUGAAUAACACACACAAAUUAAUUAUAUCCAAUACUUUCAACUAGUCUUCAGUAUAGAAACUAGUGUGAACACUGAAUCACACUAUAUAUCUUCCCCCAAAGGCUUUGGCCUGCAACUUCCUGGAUACCACACAGCAAUUAAACAUUUUAGGUUGCAAUUUUUUAUUGAGACAAGAGGUUGCCAGCAUUUUAGGUGAUAUAAGUAUUUGUAUCACUGAGAAUGAGCAUCUGCUGACCUUCUUGUUAAAACGUAACCUUUAACAGUGUACUGGUUAUGUGCUUGAUUUUCUUCCACAUCACCCCUAACCAGCGUUGUACCUACAGAAAUGUUAUUUAUAUUUACCUUUUACUAAAAUAUCGUAGACAAUAGUGUCUAAGAUAAGAAAGCUGGUAUUUAUUUUGUGUUCUGCAGCUUUCAUUUUAAAAUUUAGAUUGAGCCAGGAAGAUAAAUUGUUGAAGGUCUCGAUAAAAUUAUAACUGUAAAAGGUAAUGCAAUAAAGUCGCAAAGUUUGCACCAUGUCUGGUAACCCGUAGCAACCAUUAAGCAGGUAGCAUUUACUGAUAACCUAUUUGAAAACCCUUAAUUGCUGUGGAUUACUAGAUCUCUUGUGCAAAUGUUGUUAUAUUUACCCAUAACAGUUGUGGCACACAGUAAAUCUAUUUCCUAAUUGUUGGGCAUUGGUCCAUUGUAAAUUCUGAUUUAAGUAAAGGCAUAAUGCAAAAAACACUAAUAAAAGCAAAAAUGUA